GCUAUCUCUUUGACUUCGGAAGUCAUGGCUCUGGGAGCCGGGUGGCCGCGGGCCACGGGUGCCGCUACGAGCUGUUCGGUAUUACAGCCUGGCACCGGGCGCUCUGACAUCGUCUGUGACGGUGGGCGCUGUUAAAUUGGAUGGUGCGUGCACUGAGCGGGGUAGGACCACCUCUCAGAGCUAACGUCUCCUCGCGGCUGCCUGUUCUUGUGCCUAUUUUAUGUGGUGUUUUCAGAUACCGAUUGUUGUCAUGGUAUUAGGCAUAAGGCUUUACGAAGAUGCCUGUCGCACGUGGAGGGACACAACCUGGUGGACCGUGGGGUUGAGGUGUCGCACUUUGCUUCCCUCAUUCUAGUUAGCCUCGCUUCAAUUGAAAUUACUCAUUCGACUCAAGAAAGCAAGCUUUGUUCACGUGAACUUAGCAUCUGAAAUGCCGCCCAAAAUUUUAUUAGCCGAAUUGAACAUCGUACCACGUGGGCGAGGCACAUGCAGAAUUCCUCUUCCUUGCACUACUUUAGUGUUUGUCGAGUGCGUUGAGUGUACGCAUCGUGAGUGGAGUCACCCUUGUUUGCUGUCACUUGCACAUCGUCUGCGCUGCUGCCCCGGUUUACGAUAGAGCCACCCCAGGCGAUGGAGAUGCGUGUGGCAACUUCGGCGCAGCGACUUCGGCUAUCGCCUGUGCCAGACUCACAACCCUUGGUGGCUGGGAAAAGAGCCGGCAAUCACCAACGGCUUCUGCGGCUCUUGCCAGCAGGGCGCGUCAGCGCGAGCAACGCUUGCUCGUGCCAACUCCGCCAUUUCCGGAUCUUGGCCUGGAGUCGUGCUGGUUCCCCGAAGACGGAAACAAUCUGGACACCGAAGGCAGGAUAUCCACCUGCUGAUGACAGACUUUCUUCCCUCAUAUGGAAACUACAGCAGCAAAGCUCCACACAAGUUUUGCCCCAGGCCGUUCCUGGGAAAUCAUCCUUGCCCCCCAAUGUGCACAUGUUGGAAGAGCUGGAAAGGGAUAUGCUGUAUUCUGGUGGCAGCCAUCCAGUGUCUAUUGGGAGCCCUCCUGGUGAGUCGCCCUGGGGGGCAGUUCAUCCUGAACAUGAGGCGGGGUCGCCGUACUCUGGUGUGGCCACUUCGCCUGGAAAACGGGGAUCAUCAGAACACAGCACUGGAGUCCUGCCUGCUUUCAACACCCAGCCAAAACCAGCACAGUUUCGUUUCAGCCCGGGCCGACCACUGUACCCACCCCCUAGUGUGCAAGCUGGUGCUGUUCCCUUGCCUACCCAGCUUGGAAUGUCGCCCCCUGCCAGGACACCAGGACUUGUCCAUGGCCGCAUGUCACCAGGAAUUCAUUCAGCUGGCUUUGGAAGCCGCCUGCCAAUGCCUCCGGUGCCCCAUCCCAUGCUAGGGCGGGGGAGGGUCAUGAUGGGCCCUCCUCCAUCCGUGUUGCUCAACAACGCAAUGCAAAGCCAGAUGCCACUGCAAGGCAACCUGCCUUUCAGACCUGGAUUCAGCACUAUGGACCUUCGACGCCUCCUCUACCCUCGGCAGGUUCAACACCCGCUUCUGAAUAAGAACCACUUUGCAUCAUUACCCGGAAAUGCACACUACCAGCGACAUGCAUACCAGACUGUGUUUGGCCAGGGCAGCCUGCCAUAUGACAGCCCUCGGCAGCCAUCUCAUCACUCGUAUCUACAGCCACAACUGCAUGGCAAUUUGGAUCACCGGGAUAAUAGCAACUCAUUUUCUGGCGAGCAAUCAGAUGACCCUUAUGCGGGGCUCAUGACACAGAAAGAAAAGGAUUGGUUGGUCAAGAUCCAGCUGCUCCAAGUGCAGCCCGAGAACCCAGAUGUAGAUGAUUACUACUAUGUGAUGUUCACUAAAAAGAAGGCUGAACAACAAGAACUUCCAGGUGUGGAUGGGGGCGAUGUUGACAAAUUGAAAUUCAUUCGACCAGAACGAGUGCGCACAGAGUCAAAAAGCUACACACCAAUCCAGUUUGAGCGGUCACUUGGAAAGUUACAAGUGGUGAGCGUCAACUACCCAAGAAAAAUCCUUGACAUGGGUGUUCAACGGCUCUCUGAAGAUGAAGAUCGUAAGGUCCCUCCAGAUCGUCACUUGUUAUGGUUCCGCCAACUUCUGCUUGACAUAGAAAAGCUCUACUCUGCCGUUCUGGAGUUUGAGGAUAGCAGCUGUUCUGCAGAGCGUCGGGCAGAAAUAGCCGAAAAGCUGUUUAGUGAGGUGCAGCCCUCGGAAGAGCGCUUCGUUCAAAUGGUGGGUGUGCGGAAAGGCCGCUCCUUGGUGCUUCGGGUGCUUCCAAAGUUGAAAGCUGAGCACCAGGUAGCAACAUUGGCAGCCCUGCUGCGCCACUUAUCAUGGUUGCAGCGCAAGGACAGGCAUGAUGGCACACUGGAAAGAGGGCUGCUCAGUGCUAUGGUAGUCAUUGAGCACGCCACCCUUAAUGACCUCAUCCAACUGGCGGCCAGCUUGCUCAUGAAUCCGGAUGCUGCAUUUCCCAGCACAUUUGCUCUCCGUGUGGCCUGGGCUAUUGUAGUGCGAGCAGAACACCAUUUUCAAUGUGAAGAAACCAGCCAGUCAUUCUUUAAUGAAGUGCAUAAGAAAUGGGCAAAGCUGCUUUCUGAAAUGGUGGAUUUGCUCAUUGCCUCACUCAAGAAGCAUGACAUUGGCGAAGACGAUGCAAGCGUCGAAAGUAAAUAUGACUCUGCAGUGCUUCUGCUGUUUCCACAUGAGCGUCAAGCCCUUGCGUCACAGCUGCGACGCUUUGCAAUAAACUCUCAGCUUGCUAGUGAACUGUCCUGCACUUCUGCUGCAAAGCCCACGCACCAGGCAGAGAUUCAAUUGCAUCAUGAGCAGAAUGGAUUUGGUGACAAAGCUGCAUUGCCCUGCUGUGGUGAACCUGUAACAGCUGUCGACUAAACUGGAGUUUUUUUGUUUUUUGCUUUUGUUUUUUGUUUUUUGUUUUUUUGUGGAAGGCCAACAUAUUGACAUUUUGUGCUGCACUGUGCUUCUUGUCUUUAAUUUUUUUUUUAUUGCACUUAUGAAUGCCUCUCUCGUAGGCUCAUAAGAAGAGAUGUUCUCUGCUGACUUUCCUUCCUUUUUUUUCUGAAUCUCUGUUGGGACUUGUAGCAAGACUUCAUGCAAGUAUGGCAACAUGGGCAGAAUUUCUUCACAGAAACUGUUUAGGGAUGGAUGGCAGUUACUUAACUCGAAUGGAGUAUCAAGAGUGUCAUUGCUAUGCAGUGGAAAUUUUUUGAACAGGCCUAGUGUGGCUCCUGUGCUCUUUUCACUGAAGUGUCAAAAUUUGGCAAGAUUUUGGGUGUCUUUGCAUUGGAGACUCCCCAUUAAGAAUUCACAAAAUGUGUCAUUUUUCAGUGAAGUGCACUGUUGCCUGAUGCUAAAAAAGUGAACACAUCAGUGUGUAUUUUGUGCUAUCAGAAGUUGAGACUGUCAGUAAUAAUAGCUGUAAAGAUUUUCAUCUGUUGUGAUCAUAGCCUGUCUCAAUACAUUUGUGCUGUUCAAAUUGCUCCUUAUUUUCAAAUGCUACUUUCUUUUCUGUUUACUCUGUUUGAACCUUAUUUAAAUUCACAUCAUUCUGCAUAUUACAGUCAUAUAAAGUGUAAUUACAAUUCUGCCCAUUGCUUGCUUUGAAACUGGUAACUGCUUUAUUUGCGGGCUUUAGUUCUUGCCAAGGUUUUUUUGUUGAUGUUAUCAUCUCUGACAGCUUCAGAGCUUAGCAACAUAAAAAGAAGAGUGCUUUUUGUGCUUCCCAUGGUUCUGAGACCUGUGGACUGUGGUGGACACUGUGAUAAAAGGGGAAUUCUCAAAUUUUUUCUAUGUCAAACUGCACUGUCUCUUCAAAAUGCCGGCUCUGGGUGUUGUCUUUGCAUUUGGAUUUUCGCAAGAGGCUGCUCACUUUUGAGAGUUUAGCAGACGAUUUUCACAGCUCUGCUUUUUCUCAAAGGACCCCUAUACAUUUGCUUCAGGGGUUGCCUUCUUUCUUGAUCAUGGAGCACAAGCAUUUUGAUGUUCAGUUUGUGUAAACUUGGAUUUUCUUAUCACCUCAACACAUCUGUGAAAGUGUGACAUUGCACCGUUGACUUUACAUUACCAGUUAUUUCUUUACUGGUGGUCAUAUGGGCAGAGUUCAUGUGCUUCAAACUUGAAAUGUUUUCAUCUCUGCCGUGCUUGUAAACUUUUUUUUUUUUUUUUUUCGCCUAACAGAGAGAGCAGCAAGUGCUGCUGAACAUCUGGCACUUCCAACUUAAUCGGGUUUUUCAUUUACCAACUUUGUUAGCCUGUGCAUUAUUUGUUUGUAGCAGAAUAGAAACAGUUGGCAUUGAAUGAUGUUUACACCUUGUUUUCUGAACAUGUAGUGAGAAGCCAUCACUGUACAGUUGCAAACAUUUGUCAACAUAAAUUUGUUGCUCAUC